GAGUAUCAUGUAGAAGUAACAUUACAAAAAGAUUCACUUUUAUUUGCCAAAUUAGUCAUGUUCUAAAGCAACACCUUAGUAUUAGUAAUGUUAGAGUAUCAGGUAGAAGUAACAUUACAARAAGAUUCACAUAAACCGGUUAAUGCCAAAGAAAUUAAUAAUAAGCGUGCUAAUGCACUUGGGAUACUAGGGAAUCCUCCACUGGGUUAUACUGGGUAUUAUUUCUUUGGUUUAGAUACAAAAUCGACUUUGCAACUGUUGUGACAGAAGACAGUGACAUCUUCUCGUCAAUUUCUGGGAAGACAGAUAAGCGAGGCAAAGGCUCGCAGUUUGAGUCUUCAUUUAACUUUAUCCACCAUUAUGCUAUGAGACAAGACAGUCAUGCCCCAGGGUUCGUCAUGUGUAUCGAUGGAGACUUGAGAGGGACCGAUGGUUUUGUGUAUCGCAUGUGUCUUGGCUUACACAAAGGUUUCUCAUACCUUGUUCCUUUAUACUGGCGUUAUAAAUACGAGGGAAGAGCCACCAAUCACCUCAUGUUUCCUCUUUUUACUGCCAUCAGCCGCAAAGUAGUACGCCAGCCAAUAGGAGGAGAGUUUGCCUUUGAUAGAAAGAUGCUUGCACGGUUCACUGAGGUYCACAGGUGGUCACGUAGUUGGAGAGAGUUUGGUAUCGACAUAGGCAUGACCUUCACUGCUGGUACGAGUGAAGAUGUUAUUGACCAGGUAGUUCUUCCGAGAAAGAUCGACUAUGUUGGACAAGAUGCCAGGAUUCAAAUUAGUGCUAUGUUUUUGCAAGUGGGUAGGAGCCUUUUUAAUGGUUUGCUAGACUUCAUUGAAUCUAACGAAACUCUGGAGAUAAAAGAAGUAACAACAGUUCCUGUAGUCGAUAUAGAGACUGUCAAUCAUAAUAAUUUAAAGGUAGAGCUGUCAGAUAGCGCAGAAGUCAUAGGAGCUCUUGUCAAGUUUUUGAAUUUAUUCACGAGCCCAGCUUUUCAAACUAACAAAGACAUUUUGGGUGAUUUUUGUUAUCGCAUCCAAGAUGUCUAUAGUGACGAUGUCACGAGCCCAGCUUUUCAAACUAACAAAGACAUUUUGGGUGAUUUUUGUUAUCGCAUCCAAGAUGUCUAUAGUGAAUUUGAGAAGCAUGGCAUUCAGGGUAGUAUCCUGUAUGAUUUGCGCAAUGAAGCAAAAAACGAUGAAAGACAAAUGGAAAAUGUUGUGAAAAGGAUCCAGUGUUAAGACAAUUCAGUUCUUUUAACUGCUAAAGAAUGGGCUGAAAUUGUCUUCAAAUGUUUUGAAGAAUUCCAAAUAAGACGCAAGAGGAAUGAAGAAAAAGCUUCAACAACUGUAAUAAGGAAUGUUUUGCUGUGUGUAUUUUACUUAAGAGUUUUUAGCUUCAAYGUGCAGACGUACAAUUUACCUCCUUAUCCUGAUGCUGAAGAUUUGUUAAAAGAACAAAUGUCUGAAUUCGUGAAAAUUGCAUCACACAAGCUGUUAUUACUUGGACAUGCAAACAAAAUAUGCAUGUAGAUAUUUCAUAAGAUGAUAAAAACUAGCGAUAUAGAUG